UGAAUGAAACAGGUCUUCUUAAUUGAAUCAAUUCAACAUUGGCACAAAAUUGAAUUUUUAUUUCCGUUAUCUAAAAUAACUGCAACAAGCAUUCCUUUGGUAAUGUAAUAAAUAAAAAAAUUUUGAUGGUGCUGCACACAUGCCAAAAGUUAGACGUUUGAUACUAUUCGAGUUGCAGUUUGCAGUAAGUGACGUUUACUGCAUACGUUUAAUAACGUUGAUCAAUGUUGAAAAUUAGCUCGUACACUUCCAAACCGCAAAGUUUAUUACGGUCAAAAGGCUCGAAGGGAAAUAUUUACGUUCUUUAACACAUUAGUGGUUAUUUAUGGACAUCUUGCCAGAUAGGACUGGGCGAAAGGGGGCACCGAUAGAGGAAUAAUUUCGCACAAAAUGUAAAUGAUCUAUGUUUGCACGGCUUUGCUUAACCUGUUUAUAACGCGUUAGUGUGGCGUCUGUGCUCUUUACUCCAGUAAUACUGACGGUCAGUUUGUAUUUCCCAUCAAGAUUUAUCUUUGGUCUUAGCGGUUGCUUCGCGCUGAUGGAACUUGGAAGAACAUAAAUAUAGCAGCAGCGUGCCGAGUCAGAGUUGUGGCCGGCUUUUAUGAUACCUUGGUGUGCAGAGAAUCAGUAAAUAGUGGUGAUAACAUAGUGCCAAGUGUGGCACAGUAGUCAGAUUUUCAGUGGAACGGAAAUAUUUACGCUAAAAAUGCACUAAACCAAAUUUGUCGCGUAAUCUUUUACCAGCGAAUCCGUGGUUCUGCGUAUCCGGCCAUUUUAACCGGGAUCGCUCUUGUUGGAUUGUACAGCAUACAUACGCAUGAUAUUAUAUUCUUGGGGAAAUAUGGCACAUUGCACCUCUUUUUAUUUUUACCUUUUCUUUAUUUUGAUACCGUGGGUGACAUGUAUAACGGAAGCUGACCUUUUCUCAUACGGAAAUGGUGCCAAUGGGGACGAAAGCGAUGCUUUUGUAACCGACGGGACAGCUUUCUUACAGUUGGAUAUACCGAUUGUUCUGUACGGAGUCAAGCACAAUACAGCGCAUGUGAGCCUAAAAGGGAUUGUAACAUUUGGCGCUGAACCAGCACCAGCACUGGAAAAUCGGCCGUUUCCGCUGUCUUAUGCGGCCAUCGCUCCUUUUUAUGCAGAUAUUUUGGCUGAAUCGGAAGCCGACGAUAGCGGAUUCGUUCAGUUUCGACAGUCGAAAAAGCCUGAACUGCUCGAUAAGGCCAACAAUCAGAUACAUCAACUGUUUCCUGACCAAAGUUCUUUCCAAGCCAAAGCACUGUUAAUAGCCACCUGGAGUGAUGUUUUGGGUUAUGGAUUACCAACAAACUGGAACAACACUUUUCAAUUGGUUGUGGCUAACGAUGGCGAGGACAGUUUUGCGUUUUUCUUGUACCCAAGAAUCGUCUGGGCACAGACGCGUGCGCGUGCGCCGGGCGAGUCGGACUUGUCAGCCCAAGCCGGCUUUUUUGCCGCCGAUGGAAGGAAAACGCUCCUUGAGGGAUCUGGGACCGACUAUUUAAGGGCUUUACCGAACAACAAACUGCCAGAGGAAGGGGCCAUUGAGGCAGGAACGUACGUGUAUCGCAUUGGUCAACCACUGGCGGCUACGGAAACGGAAGGUCAUCAUGAAGCCGAGACUGCGGGGCACGAGCAGGAUUAUUCUCAUUAUGAAGAAGCGGAUGGUGAGAGAGCCAGAACACGUGAGCCUAUCGAUGAUCGGCAUCCUCUCGACCCGGCAAAUCUGCGCACGCCGGCACCGCAGCCCCAUACCGAUGUGGACGUCCCUAACCCGGAAGAUCACCAAGUUACGGGACAUGAGGAGCACUUGGACCCGCCACCUACAGCGGAAGCGCCGUCUGGAUACUCGUACAUCCCUCCUCCGGCUCCUACUCCUCGCGAUUCCCGCUUACAGGGCGAUUCGGUGUGCACAGACGCUGCCGCAUGCCAUGCCAACGCUCAAUGCCGCAGCUUUACGUCGGGAAGCUGUUGUGAGUGCCAGGAAGGGUUCGUUGGCAAUGGAAAGCUGUGCAUCGACAAAGAAACACCGCAACGUAUGAACGGUCAAGCUUCCGGCCAGCUCAAUGGAGCGGAAUUUCGUGAUGCACUCAUGCACAACUAUGUCAUUAUCAACGAAGGACGUGUAUAUGUGGCCUACAGUCCCAUUACGUCGGAAGUUGGACACGCUCUGCAGACGAUUCUCCCCAUGGCGACCAUUGUGGGCUGGAUGUUCGCUCUGCCGGAAAACGGCGUGGCCAAUGGAUUAACACUCACCGGCGGAGUUUUCAAUCACUCUGCAACCGUUAAGUUUACCGGGAGCGGACAGACAGUGCAUGUAUCGCAGCACUUCUCCGGAUUGGAUGAGCACAAUAUGUUACACAGUACGCUGUAUGUGACCGGUACAACACCACCGGCCAAUCCGGGCCAGACGUUUGAAUUUGCCGAUCAUAAUAUCGAAUACCGACGGGUGUCACCUGGUCUCAUCCAGUCGUAUUCGAGUCAUGCCGUUCAAAUCGGCGAGGAAAGUCAUCGUUACACGGUGGAGGAGUCCAUUUCCUACUUUGAGUGCCCCCACAAUGAACAGCUGAGUGGUUCGCGCACCACGCGUCUGCAGGUGCAGGGUGUUGUUUCCCUGUAUCAGCUCCAGGAAAAAGCUUCCCGUUUCGGCAUGAAUGCCAAGAUGACCCUUUAUGGGCAAGCCGGACAGGAUGUCUGUCAGAACACGAACUGCGGCCAGUUUGCCGGUUGUGUGCCGCAAGGCGAACAGGCGCAGUGUGUCUGCCAAGCUGGCUACCAAAUCGCACCGGGUUCAGAUCCCGCGGCUCAGCCGAUCAGUUGUGUUGAUAUUGAUGAGUGCACGAGUAGGAACGAGUGCAGUCCAAAUGCAGAGUGCACCAAUACGGACGGAUCAUUCCGGUGUCAGUGCCAGACUGGAUAUACCGGAGACGGACGCAACUGCAGAACUAUCGGAGAAACCGAACAACCGGAUGCUUGUGGUAAUUGUGAUCCAAAUGCCGACUGCACCUUGGAUCAGUACAGCAAUCGACAGGUGUGCCGCUGCCGGUCAGGUUACGAGGGCGACGGUUAUCGGUGUGCACUGGCGCAGUCAGCUGGGGACUGUGCUGCCCAACCAGAACUAUGCGACCGUAAUGCCCGCUGCCAAGCCAAUCAACAAGGGCAGAUGCAGUGUGUCUGCUCGACUGGAUAUGUGGGCGACGGUCGAACGUGCCAACAGCAGCAAGGAAAUGGUCGACUGCCGCCGGGCGAAGAUUCUUGUUAUCAUCAUCCGGAACAGUGCGACAAGAAUGCAGCCUGUAUUCCAGUCAAAAAUGGCGCCAGCUUCCAGUGUAAUUGUCUAUCAGGUUACGAGGGCGAUGGCCGAACAUGCAGAGCUUUGGUAGUUACGCGUGGAGGAUUUCUGGUUUUCACUCAAGGAAUGUCCAUAAUGAAGCUGCCAGUGGACCGCAGUUCGGCUGACCGCGGUGGACAAGUCGCCAUUCUGCCAGGCCAGACCGCCGUCGGUAUUGCUGUCGAUUGCGCCGACAGCAACAUUUACUGGUCGGACAUUGCUGGACACACCAUCAACAAGGCACGCUAUGAUGGAACCGGCACGGAGGCGGUCUUGCGCAAUAUUAUGUCGGCCGAAGGAAUCGCGGUGGACUCCAUUAGUCGUAAUAUCUUCUGGACCGAUUCGGCUGGCGAUCAUAUUGCCGUGGCCAAACUUACCGACGUGAAAGCUGGAUAUAAGAUAGUCAUUGGCAAAAAUCUUUCCAAUCCCAGAGCAAUCGCACUUCAUCCUGCACGAGGAGCAAUUUUCUGGACCGACUGGAAUCGUGACAGCCCUAAGAUUGAAACGGCUAACAUGGAUGGCAGUGACCGUCGAGUGCUGAUUAACAGCGGACUGGGACUGCCUAACGCCUUGACUGUAGAUCUCAACACGGACGAUGUUUGUUGGGCGGAUGCCGGAAAUCAGAAGGUGGAAUGUGCCUCCGUUGAUGGCAGUAACCGGCGCAUGGUGUUUUUCGGAGCCUCGUAUCCUUUCAGCAUGACCGCUUAUCAAGAUACGCUUUAUUGGACGGAUUGGGCAAACAAUAACGUGAUAAGCGUUAGAAAAGGUGGCAGCGAAAAGCAUAUUCAUGAUCUGCCUAUCGGAAGCAGCGGAAAAGUUUAUGGCAUUGCCAGCGUUCCCGAAGAGUGUCCCCGAUUAACCAACGGCUGUGCUGGAGACAACGGUGGCUGCAGAUUUAUUUGUUUGCCGCUCCAAAACGGUCAACGUAAAUGUGCAUGCCCUGAGAAUCUUUCGGAAGACCAAUGCGCUGAAGAUCCAGUCUACAGAAAUUAGUUUGGUUGAUGAAGCAAAAAUUACAGUGCAUUUACAUGACAACGCAACUACAUGCUCAACGCAUUCUUGCAGUACCGUGUUUGAAAAUCUGAUUUUGUUUCGUUUUCUGCAUCACUUAGUCAUAGCGACGAAAAAUUUUGUAAUACUGUUUUUAACCAACAAACCUUUUUUUUCCUUUCUCUGUACAAGAACUGGAAUAAGAAUUAAAAAAGCUUAUAAGCAUAAAAAAUAACAA